AAGAGUCACCAUGGUUUACUUCAAGUAUCACAAUACUCCUGGAGAAAAGACUUUGUCACUCAUGGAAGAUGCUAAUUCGGUCGAUGGAGCGCACUUUCGUUCAUUUCCUCCUGUGAUUGGUCCUUUUGCAAACAUCAAUUCUUCUACGGAGUUCUCGGGCCCAAAAAGCUGGUACAAGGAGAGUCGUGAUGUUAAUGCAUUUGGUGGAAAAACACCUAAACCUGUACUUGUCGCUUCCCAUCAUCGUCCCUGCGAUGAGGCGUGUUCUUUCCAGACAUUAUCUACGCGUUUGUCCCGCAAGGAGACCAAAUGGAGUUCUAGUCCGAAAUUUGGAGUCGAGCCAACAUACACUUGCUAGCACCCAUAUUCUUGAUGCCGUCUAUGCUUCUAAGUAUAUCUACAAGUGUAAUUCUCCUGUCAUGCAGGCUUUUUGCGAAUCCUGGUGUCCUACGACAAAUACCUUGCACACUUCAGUUGGAGAAAUGUCAAUCAAUCUUUGGGACAUAUACGACCUUGGUGGGCUUCCCGUAACUUGCCUUUUUUAUGACGAGGUCGUCCCUUCUGCAGUUGAAUUGGAAGGCUCCGACGAUGAGCACAGUCUAUACCUCCCUUACAGUUGCAAAUAUUUGUUCAUGGCUUUGCAUUAUCUUUCUGAGAAACACAAGGUGACAACUAUAACGUUCGAGACUUGGUGUGAUUUUUGGUUUCGCGGUGCAUCAAAGUAUUUCUUGGCAUCUGGCAACAAGAAGUCUGUCCUUCCAACACUUAUGAAAGACUUCAGUUCCUUUAUUGGUCCUCGAUCGUGGAGUCAUAAGAUGUACGAAACCUUUCGCAUCCUACGGAUUCCUGAAGCGCAUCAUCGACAAACAUAUUUGGCUGCCUUUCUUUCAUGUUGGCUUUGUGCCUUUGUUUUGCCGGUGUCAGAUUUGGGUUGCAUCCGUUCUGGAUCUUUCAAACCUGCGUCAUUUCUUGCAAGUGGAAAAGAGACUUCUUUGGCGAUCCCUGUUUUGACGAGCAUCUACCACGGAUUGAGCAAAAUUUCGAAUUCUCCUACCCCAGGCAAACAUCGCGAGUCCUUCCCCGCACAAUAUGUGUAUGUCUGGACCGCUAAGUACUUUCGGAGUCAUCACAUCGUCACCUACGAUUUUGUUGGUGCUCCCCUGGUUGGAAUUCAAGGCCUUGACUCUGUCAUAAAGUCUCCAGAUGCUAAAUCGCUAGUUUCUUCGGGUAAGGAUUUCAAUUGGCUUGCUAACUCAAUUUUUGGUAAUUCAGAUGAGAAGCGUGAAGACGACAACCAUCAACCAAAGCAAUUCACAAACUUCUUCAUUAGCAUGCGAUCGUGUUUUCUGACCUUGAGGUUCGACAACAACUACGUGGUUGAGCCAUACAGUCCUCAUCGAUUCGGUCGGCAAUUCGGAUUUCACCAAGAUGUGCCAGGCGAAUUAGUAGUCCAGACACAAAACAUCACCCGAGAGCAUAUGUACUAUCUUUUUCAAUCCAGCAUUCGUCUGCAUACUAGGGCUACUUUUUUGGUCCCUUGCCGCACGUUUAAUGCCCAAUCUCGAGUCACUCCAAGCUUUACAUCAUGGUGGGAAUCGGUUAUUUCUUUAACUGUGGCUUCUGCUUCAAAAACUCCCAGCCCAACGAACACCAGGUCUAAAAAGAGAAAGGGUGACGGUCUUAAUACUCAGUCGAAAACUCAGUCGAAAGACAAAGCUGCCAAGUCUACAACUGGCUCUCAUAGGGUUAGAGUUAGGCUACCCAAAAGUUCCGCACCACCUUGUCCGUCUAAAGAAACGUCUUCCAAGAGUGCUAAGGAUAAGAGCGACAGACUAGCUAGCAAAGUUGUCCGUGACGGGCCUUCUCAUGACGAGCAUGCGGGUGAGAAGACAGUGUUCGAUGAUAUUUACGUCGACGGAUCUGAAUCAGAGCUAUCUCCCGAAGAGAUGGAGACUCUUCAAAGUGACGCGAACAUAGAAGAAGAGCUUAAUGCGUGCGGGAAUACAUUUGCCUCAUUUCCCGGACAAGAUUUAAUGGAUGAUGCUAUUAUUGACCCCAAAUCUCCGGCGGCAACCACAAGUGUUCGGGAAAUGAUAAAUCCAAGGAAUAAUUUCACUUAUUCCAAGGAAAUCAGCUUUAAAAAAUUGUGGAUUUCCUUGGCAGAAGUAAAAUUUUCCUUGGAUUUAUCACUUCCCCAAGUGUUCCUAUUACUUCGAGCGAGUCUACUUCUUUUAAUGCUCAAGACAUGAUCGCUAUGGUAGACCGACAAGCUGCGAGCUUCAUGAUCAAUUCAAUAAAAGAAAAGUUGCUGAACUCUCCCUUAGCCAAAGUUCACGAACUAACUCAAGAGUUUGAACAUAUUUUCUCCUACAUCAGAGAGAAGAAGAUUGACAUUUCUACCACCGAAGCUUUUAUCAAGGGCUACAUUGGAUGCGGUUCUCAGCUUCACAACGUACAACUAGGGAAAAGAGGAAAUACCACCCUUAGCGACCUGGAACAACAAUCUUCGGAGAUAGAGUCGAGCAUGAAGGAAGAUGCAAUUACUGAGCAUAAAAAGGAGGAGCAGAUGAAAUAUCUUCAAAGGGAGAUAGAUCAACUUCAGCAAGUACGGGCAGAAUAUAGAAAGAAGCUCGACGAGGUGGCAGAACAAGAGGAUAAACUUUUACUCCUUAUUACAAACUCAGAAGAGCAGUUCCAAGAGUUCCUUAUACAGAAGAAUGAGCGAGAAAAAUCACUCGCUAUCGUUAAGGAAAAUAUUGUCGUUGCCAGAGAGGUGGAAGCAAGGCUAGCGGAAGCUGAAAAACAAUUUGGGAUUGCUCGUGAUGCUUUGCAAACUUUCAAAUUUGAGUUGUAGUUCCUUUCCUUUUUGUUGCACUUGUUCUUUUCUUUCUAGAGACCGCUUUUGAUGUACUUGAUAAAAUAAAUAAAGACCAUCCAUUUUCAUCAAA